UUUCAAGAUGAAUUAUACAGAGUCCAGCCCAUUGGCAGAAUCAGCUUCAGUAGGUUUAAUGCCUGAAUUAGAAAAUAUCAUCCCUUCGAAUGAGACCACUUGUGAAAACUGGAGAGAGAUACAUCACCUAGUUUUUCAUGUAGCAAAUAUUUGUUUUGCCAUUGGAUUGGUGAUUCCAACUACUCUUCACCUUCAUAUGAUUUUUCUUAGGAGUAUGUUAACUGUGGGAUGUACCCUUUACAUCGUCUGGGCCACUCUCUACCGAUGUGCCUUGGAUAUCAUGAUCUGGAACUCUGUGUUUUUGACUGUCAACAUUUUGCAUCUUUUCUACCUUUUGUACAAGAAAAGACCGGUCAAGAUUGAGAAGGAACUCCAUGGCAUCUACCGGCGAUUGUUUGAACCACUCCGUGUGCCUCCUGACUUGUUCAGAAGAUUAACUGGACAGUUUUGCAUGAUCCAGACCUUGAAAAAGGGCCAGACGUAUGCUGCAGAGGAUAAAACCUCCGUCGAUGACCGUCUCAGUAUUCUCCUGAAGGGAAAAAUGAAGGUCUCCUAUCGAGGACAUUUUCUGCACAACAUUUACCCCUGUGCCUUUAUAGAUUCUCCUGAAUUUAGAUCAACUCAGAUGCACAAAGGUGAAAAAUUUCAGGUUACCAUUAUUGCAGAUGAUAACUGCAGAUUUUUAUGCUGGUCAAGAGAAAGGUUAACUUACUUUCUGGAAUCAGAGCCUUUCCUGUAUGAAAUAUUUAGGUAUCUUAUAGGAAAAGACAUUACAAAUAAGCUCUACUCUUUGAAUGAUCCCACCUUAAAUGAUAAAAAGGCCAAAAAGUUGGAGCACCAGCUCAGCCUGUGCACGCAGAUCUCCAUGUUGGAGAUGAGGAAUAGCAUAGCCAGCUCCAGCGACAGUGAAGACGGCUUGCACCAGUUUCUUCGGGGCACCUCCAGUGUGUCCUCCCUUCAUGUGUCAUCCCCACACCAGCGAAGUUCAUCCAGGAUGAAACCAAUAGAAGAAGGGGUGGAAGAUGACGAUGAGGUCUUUGAACCGAUAUCUCCAAAUACAUUCAAAGCCCAUCAGUUGCCUUGAUCAGAGAGAGAAUCCAAGUUACCAAGAAGAAAUUGUCUCAAAGACAUUCUGAAAAAUACCAGCACUUUUUCAUGGCUUUUAGGUUAUUUUGCUUUAGUAUAGCUAGGCUGGGAGCGUCUGAAGGCAGGAAAGUAAGGAAGGGUCAAAGAUGGGGAGGUGAUUUAGCCUAUCUUUUUUAUUGGUCAGUUUUUUAAGUAAUGAUUUCACUGAGCCUUCUGACUAAACCUCAUUCUACUUGGAGAUACAUAUAUUUUCACACUAUUUUUUAGAAACAUGAUUAUUUUAACAAAAAUAUCUUACUAGCACUCUGUCAAUGUAAAUCCCGUUUACUUAUUUUUAAGUUGUGGUUUGUUUUCCUCACAGACAUUUUUUUCUGACGUGGCAAUGGGGUUGCCUUUGAUAAUUAAAAAAAUAUUUUAGUGAGAAAGAUGCACACACACUUGUGGAGAAGAGAAAAA